UCGAGACAUUUAAAUUUUUUCUCUGUUUUCGUGCAAAUAUGCAUCGCAGUUUUUCAGUAGAAGAAAAUAAUGACCACAAGAGAAUUAUUUCCAAUAAUGAUCAUGAUGAGGAAAAACCCACCAUUGUACAACAAACAUUACUUAACGACUCUAAUAUUUCAGAUGUUGAAAAAUGUGGUAAAACAAACAAUGUCAGUCGUAUAGUGGAUGCUUUAAGAUGUGCACUUGUUGGUUUCGAAAGGCAUAUACAGGCAGAAAACAGUUGCACGGAUGAUAUUAGGAAUCUAUGCAAUGAAGCUAAAUCGUUGCAAGCAAAAUUAAGAGACAAGAAAUGUUUGAUAAUAAGUCAUUUUCAGAAUGUUGUUUCAAAUCUUGCUGAGGAAAAUUGAAAUGGUACUUGAACUAACUACGAGUCAAACUCAUCUUUUUUUCAAAAAAUAAAUACAAGUUAUGCAUAUUUAUG